AUGAGCGAUUCGCCCGCUGGAUCUAACCCAAGGACGCCCGAAAGCAGCGGCAGCGGCAGCGGCGGCGGCGGGAAGAAGCCGGCGGUGCCGGCGGUGGUGUCGCUCCUGCCCCCGGCGGACCCCCUGCGCCAGGCGAACCGGCUCCCUAUCCGGGUCCUGAAGAUGCUGAGCGCUCACACCGGUCACCUCCUGCACCCAGAGUACCUGCAGCCGCUCUCCUCCACUCCGGUCAGCCCCAUUGAGCUGGACGCCAAGAAGAGCCCCUUGGCACUGCUAGCCCAGACCUGCUCGCAGAUCGGCAAGCCCGACCCGCCGCCAUCGUCCAAGCUCAACUCCGUCGCGGCCGCGGCCAACGGGCUGGGAGCCGAGAAGGACCCGGGCCGCUCCGCCCCCGGCGCCGCCCCCGCCUCCGCGGCGCUCAAGCCGCUGGCGGACGCCCCCGCCGAGGACAAGUCCAGCUUCAAGCCCUACUCCAAGGGCGCUGGCGGCGGCGACUCCCGCAAGGACGGCGGCUCCUCCUCCGUGUCCUCCGCUUCCUCUUCGUCUUCCUCGUCCCCCGGAGACAAGGCGGGCUUCAGGGUCCCCAGCGCCGUCUGCCCUCCCUUUCCCCCGCAUGGAGUGCCGGUCUCCGCGUCUUCAAACUCGUCCUCGCCGGGAGGCUCCCACGGAGGCUCCCCGCACCACUCUGACUGCAAGAACGCCGGCGGCGGCGGCGGCGGGGAGCCGGACAAGAAAGACCAGGAGCCCAAGCCCAGUCCCGAGCCAGCCGCAGUGAGCCGCGGCGGCGGCGCUGGGGACUCUGGCACCCACGGGGUCCCCGACGCUGGGGCCUCGGGGCGCAAGUCGGAGCCGCCCUCGGCUCUGGUAGGGGCCGGCCACGUGGCUCCCGUGUCACCCUACAAACCGGGCCACUCGGUGUUCCCGCUGCCGCCCUCCAGCAUCGGCUACCACGGCUCCAUCGUGGGCGCCUACGCCGGCUACCCGUCUCAGUUCGUGCCUGGCCUGGAUCCUAGCAAGUCUGGCCUUGUGGGAAGCCAGCUGUCCGGGGGGCUGGGUCUGCCACCGGGCAAGCCCCCCAGCUCCAGUCCGCUCACUGGGGCGUCCCCGCCCUCCUUCCUACAGGGAUUAUGCCGUGACCCCUACUGCCUGGGAGGCUACCACAGCGCCUCGCACCUCGCGGGCUCCAGCUGCUCCACUUGCAGCGCGCACGACCCGGCUGGGCCCGGCCUGAAGGCUGGGGGUUACCCUCUGGUCUACCCUGGGCACCCCCUGCAACCCGCCGCGCUCUCGUCCAGCGCCGCCCAGGCUGCGCUCCCGGGCCAUCCUCUCUACACCUAUGGCUUCAUGCUGCAGAACGAACCGCUGCCCCACAGCUGCAACUGGGUGGCGGCCAGCGGGCCCUGCGACAAGCGCUUUGCCACCUCGGAGGAGCUGCUCAGCCACCUACGGACUCACACGGCCUUGCCCGGCGCUGAGAAACUUCUGGCCGCCUACCCCGGGGCCUCGGGCCUGAGCAGCGCCGCCGCCGCGGCCGCCGCCGCCGCCUCUUGCCAUCUGCACCUCCCCCCUCCCACCGCCCCCGGCAGCCCGGGAUCGCUGUCUUUGCGGAGUCCACACACUUUGGGACUAAGCCGAUACCACCCCUACGGCAAGAGCCACUUAUCCACAGCUGGGGGGCUGGCAGUGCCGUCCCUCCCCACAGCCGGACCCUAUUACUCACCAUAUGCGCUGUACGGACAGAGACUGGCCUCGGCCUCCGCGCUUGGAUACCAGUAACCACAGUUCUGGCCCGUUCCAGCCCUCCCAGGCCCGUCCGCCCCUGUCCCCUCUGCCCGUUCCGCUGCAACCUCCACUACUGCUUAUCCCUGCCAGGAUCCUACCCAGACCCUCCCCACCGGACUGUGUAUUUAUUUACUGUAAUGUUAGCUUACAAGCUGGGAAUAUAAGUGCAUUAACGGCCCACACGAGUCAAUGGUAUGCAGAAAGUCUAUGUUCCCCCAAAUAAUAUUAACCACGCAGAUAACUACAUGACCCCUCCCCUCUUCCUUUCUCUCUCUCUCUCUCUCUCUCUCUCUCUCUCUCUUUUUCUGAGAUACGUUUGUUGGUUUUUCUUGUUUUUUAACUGGUUUGGUUUUAGGGACUGGAGGUAGUUAAGGUCGUUCUUCUCAUGUAGUCUCCCAUCUUGGGAGUUUCUUGCAUGGUUCUUGACUGUUAAAACUGCAUUUCUUCCCUUUCUCUUUUUCUUCCUUUCCCCUCCAUUCCCUCUUGUUUCCUUUCGUGAGAGGUUUGGAUUUUUUUUUUCUUUAUACAAGUAACAGAUUUUUGUUGUUGAAGGGGGCAGUCUUGGUGGCUGGAGGUCUUGAGCUUUAUUGAUGGGAAACUGCUCUGUAACUUUCCCCAGCAACUCUCUCCUAGAGCACUUGGUCCUGGGCCCUGCCCUCCGCCCCCACCCCCUUCACUGCAACCUUGCUCCCCCAGGUUGCCCUGAGCUCGGACAGCCCUGGCAUCACCAGCAGGCUUUCCCCCAUGGUGGGUGCAAUGGUCUCCUCCAGAGCCUGAGGUCCACCGUCCCUUCCCCGCCCUUCCUGGACCCACACCCGGCAGUAAGGCUGCAGACGGUGGGGACCUGUAGGGUGCGUCUUUCCCAUUUGAAGCAGGCCCCGCUGGCACGAAAUUUUGCUCUUUAUGUUUUGUGACGUACUUUAUGGUCCUUGUUUUUUCUUCUCCCUACUUAAGACUGUGGCCCCUCCCCUGGCGGCAGGGGCGGGGCCCGUGAUCCAAGCUGGAUUCCUCCAAAGCAGACCAGUCCCAAAGUCAGCUGACGUUACAACCUGGGUAACCCCGUCGGGGGCAGGCUGGGGACUCAGGGAGCCCUCGGGUCGCAGCAGCCCCUUCGCCCUGUCCCAGGCCUGAGCCUGCAGUCCCCAAAGCUAGCUGUGGGUUUCAAUGGGCUCCCACAGUGGCCAGGAUCGAUGACUCGACAUGGUCUUCUCCACACACCUUACCUCCCUCCCGGUCUUAUGCAGCAGCGCCGGGGCUGCGGGGCCUCUAGGGGGGUGAAUAGAGCUCUCCCUUGGUAAGACUUAUUUUGUUAAUAAAUGGAAUACUUGGCUAUAUUCA